UGCUUUCUGCAGCCAAUCGCGCAGGAUGAAGAACUGCUUGUGUGGUACAAUGGAGAAGACAACCCAGAGAUAGAAGCUGCUUUAGAGGAAGAAAGGAGCAGCAACUUUCACAAGAAAAAUUCGCCAAGAGCUAAGCGAGGAAGAAAGAAGCUAUUGGAAAACAUCAGACAGGCUGGUUUGGAAAGAUUAUCUGAACAUAAGCCAUUGAGCACAACUACAUCUAUAGUCACAGAGAUGCGUGACUCAGAUAAAGGAAUAAAUACAGAGGAAAAGAGACCCUUUGGGGCUUCAGAUCCAGCUCAAGAGAUUGCAGCUUUACAAGUAUUCAACACAGAGACCAGGGAUAUUUCUCUGUUUCCUGUUCAUACUGCAGUGUUGGAUCAGAAGGAGAGAGAGAAGUCGGAUAAAGAACUUCAGACACCUGGGAUCCUUGAGCACUCUGCUGAGUCACAGUCAGAAAAGAAGAAUGAACAGCAUGACCCAGAAUCAACUUCUGGCCACCCUUUCAAUGAGAGUUCUGAGAGUCCAUUGCAUGAAGUAGCAUCAGUGUCUUCUUUGGUUUUUCAAGACCUGAAUGCAGAGGUGGACCCUGAAUUUGAGGAUGAUUCACAAGGUGGCAACCAUCCUUGUCAGUACGGUGAACGUGAGUUUUCCACCAAACAAAACCUGGAUCAUAUUAAGACUCACACUAUCGGAAACCAUCAGACCCUCACCUUUAAAUGCAAAUACUGCUCCAAGCUAUUUGGUUCUCAGGUAGGCAAGAGAAGGCAUGAAAGACGACAUGAAAAUGGGAGUAAAGGCCUAAAAAGGCUUGGGUCGCUUGCUGGAACAGCCUUUCUUUCCAGUCCUUCUGGGUGUAAUAACUCUUCUAUUUCAGGUAGUGUCACAUCUCCAAGCCCCAACAUUAAAAGUUCUCAAAACAGUCCUACUUACCCAAGCACAAAUGCAUCAACUAAAGAUGCAGGAGUUGAGCAAAACCAGUCUCUAGUCAUGGAAGAAAAUGGGAAAUCGAAAGAACUGCACCCGUGUAAAUAUUGCAACAAGGUUUUUGGCACUCACACAAACAUGCGCAGACACCAGCGCAGAAUUCAUGAACGUCAUCUUAUGCCAAAAGGAGUUCAGAGGAAGGGAAUACUUUUGCAGGAUAUUUCAUCUCAUAAACUACAACAAGCUCAGAGUUCAGUACUUCAGGAGGGAUCACCUCGUAAUAGCCCAUCACUUGUCUAUGUGCCUAGCGUAGACUCAGAUGAAGAAGGAGAACUAGAGGAGGUUGAUGUUUCCAAAAACAUUUCGGAGAAUCUCAGCCUUUACAUAGAUGGAAAGAUCUUAUCCACUGCCACAGUCAGCAGCUGUGAUGUUAUAGAAGUGGAUUCAAGCAACCAAGCAUUAUUCGGUCUUGAUACAGUCAUUUUGAAUUCUAGCCAAAUAAGUCAUGCUCUCCAAUUAGAAACACAGCCUUGCCAUGUAAAAGAGCUUUCGAUUAUUGAUCAGGCUGUCCCCAAAAGAAGAACUUCUACACCACCGCUCCUUCCCACUGUGGAAACAGAACCUGAUACCCUGUCAUCUACUGUAUCUUCACCUUCUUCUUCUUCCUCACAAUCACCUUCUUUGGGAGGUAACAGUUUCUCACAGCCCAUAGACACAGUGUCCUUUCAAAAGGAGAAAACUAUUUAUCUUUCUCCAAAAUUAAAACAGCUUCUGCAAACCAAGGACAGUCAGAAACCAACCCUUGCUUUAGCUGCAGAAAGCCGCAAAUUGACUACUCCACAUUCCGUAUCCACAUUGCCAGCUGCUCAAGGAAAAUUUAAAAGACGGACUGCUUCUCCUCCUACACAAAAGAGCUCAUCGGUAAACAUGGAGAGCUCAGCUAUUGAAACAGGAGAUUCGUUUGCCCCUGUGGUACCAAAGGUUGAAAGUCAUUGCAUGAGCAUGUCCUGGAAUGCAUCUAGCAAAGAGCACAUUGACUGCGUGAGUUCUUCUGGAAAGGACUGGCCAGUCUUGGUAAGUGGAGGCAGUUCUUGCAAUCAGCAGCCUCUUGACCUUUCUGGUGUUAUUGGUAAACAAGGUGGCAGCAUUAGCAAAGGAGCUAAUGAGUCUGUGCUGGAUCUAAGCAUACACCAUAAGAGCUUGACUGACCACAAAACAAAAGCUAGUAUAUUGCUACAGUCGCAUGUCAAGAGAAAGAAGCCCAAUACUAGCAUGUUGGAGAAAGUAUUGAUGAAUGAGUAUUCUGGUUCAGUCUCAGCUGGAGAGGAAGGCUCUCUUAGUCUUGGAAGCCCAGACACUCACUAUAGCACCACUGCUGUGUCUCCAACCAGUGUGUGUUCAAACUCUGAACACCAUCUUUGUGAAUCUGUCUCUCCACCCUCUCUGACUCCUGUGAUUAUGAACCCCUCUUCCCCCUCAUCCUCUAGCCAGGCAUCCUCAACACCUCCCCCUCCAGUUCUACCCACAGUCCCUUCACCUCCACCUUUCGCACAGUUUUCAGAUUCUGCUUUUCCCAAACUUUCUCCCUACUCUGUUUAUUAUAUGGCAGAUGAAAUUCCAAUGUUCCAUAAUGUGAAAGAAACAUGCUUUGAAAUGAAAAAUCUGGAUGAUAAAGAGCUCAACCAAACUUCAAACAAACAGUUACCUCCUACAGCUGAUGCACUGCCUCAAAGUCCUGAGGAUGAAAAAAGUAAUUGUAAUGCAGAUUCCUUUUCCGAAUCUGAAACACUACUUGAGUGCUCAACCUCAAAUUCUGAUUUACAUUUGAUAAACAAAACAAAGCAUGUUAUUUCUUUGUAUGAAAAGAAUGUUGACUCCAAAGUUAUUCAGAGUAGUUCCUUUGAUAAUCCUUUCCCUCAAGACCACAAUAUUGCAACUGAUGUAUGCCAAAAUCUACAAUCCUGUCCUGUGCACUUAGCUUCAAACAUGGACUCGCAUGCAUUCUAUCAAAAAAUAGUGGCAGAUUCAAAUGUACAGUUGUUAUGUAAUGAUGCACUAGUUACUGAUAAGAUUGAAGAUGCAGUUGAAAGCACAAUCAACAAUGAUGGAAUUUCUUCAGUGGCAGAAAAGACACCAGAGAGAGCAAAUGCUUUGGAACAGGACACAUUUACAAAAAGUUUUGUAUGUAAUGUCUGUGAGGAACCUUUUCACUCUAUAAAACAACUUAGUAAACAUAUCGUAGAACAUGGGGAGGAAUGGCCUUUUAAGUGCGAGUUUUGUGUGCAACUAUUUCAAAAUGUUGCAGCUCUUUUAGAGCAUCGCUCCUCUCUCCAUGGAGUUGGGAGAAUUUACUGUUGCUCAGUCUGUGCCAAAGAGUUUGCUUUCCUCUGCAACCUUCAGCAACACCAGAGUGACCUGCAUCCUGGUCAGUCAUGUGCUCACACCACGAUUGAAAAUGGAAAGCUCAGGCCUCAGAAUUACACUGAUCCUGCUCAGGUGGAUAUUGAGAAAAAUCCUUCAAAUUUAACCCAUUACACAACCGUAGAUGUUGCCCCUCCGGACUCUUGUGAACUAUUUAACUGUAGUAGUGUUAAAGAGGAAAGUGAUGGAGAUGAACAAGAGGACCCCACAGAAGAGCUUUACACUACAAUAAAAAUUAUGGCUUCUGAGGCCGGUAAGCCAAAAUGCCCAGAUGUCCGCCUUGGCAUUAAUCAACACUACCCCAGUUUUAAACCUCCCCCAUUUCCCUAUCACAAUCGAACACCUUCUAGCUCUGUAGCCUCUGCAACUAACUUUACCACCCACAACAUACCCCAGACAUUCAGCACAGCAAUCAGGUGCACCAAAUGUGGCAACAGCUUUGACAACAUGCCUGAGCUCCACAAACAUAUCUUAGCAUGUGCUAAUGCAAGUGAUAAGAGACGGUACACCCCCAAAAAAAACCCUAUUCCUCUCAGGCAGAUAGUAAAUCAGCCUCAGAAUGGUGUUUCACCUUUACCAGCAGCCAUUGUGGGACAGAAUCCUUGUCGUAGGAUGGGCCAACCUAAAAGGCUUAAUUUUACUCAGGAGGUACCUAUCAAAAUAAAAAUGUCUGCCCUGAAUAAGAAGAAAAACCAGCUUGUCCAGAAAGCUAUAUCUCAAAAGAACAAAGCUGCUACUUCUAUAAAGAAAACCUCCAUUCUGGGUGAAGAGCAUGUUGUGCAAGCAUGUCCGUACUGCAGUCGAGAAUUUACAUAUGCUGCUAGCCUUGCAAAGCACAUUGCAUGCAGUUGCCCUCAGAAACCAGUUGCUAAGAAAAAGAAAGGAGCCCUAAUGCCUCAAGAUAAAAACAUGAAACUCCGAAGUCGAGUAACAGACUCUGAAAUCAAAGAAGAAGGCAACUGUAGCCUAGCUGUAAAGUCACUGGGAAAAACAAGGACCCGGAGCUUAGAGUUGUUAGAAGGUGAUAUUACAUCAGGUAGCAAUGGUAAAACAGGGACCCCUCAGAUACGUGUCAAGAGACCAGCCUUGAACAAAAACCAGUCAGCCCCCAAAACCAAAAAAGGCAGAAAGAGCAAGUCUCAACCUUCAAUUCUCCCUUCGUUUCUGGCGCUUGGGUCACAGCCAGCUGCAAAAAUACAACGUGGUAGGAAAGAUAUGAAAAAAGAGGCUGAGACAAAACCACAAGUACAACCUAUAAAAGAAAAGCGUUUCCCGAAGAGAAUGCGUGAAAGAGUAGGUGGCCCAGUGACACGCAGUCUGCAGAUGGCAACUGCUGCACCACCUGGAGAAGUGGAGACUGAAGAUGUGCCAAUUAGUGAACCUGUUCAUGGAGAACAUAAGGUGCUCAGACAGGAAUCCAGUUUAAGUUAGCAGAGUGCAUUUUGUAAAGACACCCAAGGAAAGACGACUAUUAAAAGCUGGUGCUGGUGAACACAAUGUAAUUGAAUUGGAGUAAUGGACUGAUCAAAUAUUAUAUCUUAGAUCAGGAGUCUUACCCACCCUUCCCUAUGCUUCUGUUUUACAGACAGAAGCAUGAUUUUAAUGCACUUUGGGAAAUGAGCCUUUGUGGAUGGCAACAAAAAUCCAAGGACUGUAAAUGCUAAUGUAAAUUUUGAUGAAUAUGUAUGCAUGUGUGUAUAAAUAAGGAGAUUGUUUGCUUACCUAUAAACACAAACACACAAACAAUUUAUAGAAUUUGUGUGUAUAUAUUAUCUCUAAAUAAACAUUUCUUGGGUAAAUAAGGCCCUUUGGUUCCAUAAAUAUUAUGGCUGAUUAAAAAAAGACAAUUCUUUAUCACUUAAUAAAACCAUUUUUUGUUAUUUCAUAGAUUUUUGUCCCUGUUCUGUAAAAUUUUUGAAUUUGUCUCCUAUUGCAUGUUUUGUGCAAACAAUAUGGCUUAAGUGACACUUGUCAGAACUCAGUUUUGUCUUGCUCUAUUUUUAUUGAUGCAAAUGGAAAACAAUAUGUGAAUAUUUUAUGCAAUGAUCUAUAGGGAAUGCAAUACUUGUUCAAAUUAAACUUACAUUUUAGAGAGGUGUUUUGUUUUUCAUCUAAUAUAAACAAAGAAAUGUAACAUGCUGUUUGAUACAGUGAGAAUGAGUGAUAAUGGUAUGAUGUAUGUAUGUAUGUAUAUGUAUGUAUGUAUAUUACCUCCGUGAACCAGGCAUUGUGGUUUUGUCUAUACCUUUUAUAAUCCAUAGAAUAUACAGCAGGACUGCUGGCCAUUAAAAUUACACUAAAAUACAUCUUUGCAAAACACUGUUUUAACUGAGAGUAAGCAAUCUCCUUAUACUUUACUCACACAGGGGGAUAUUAAAAUAGUACUAUGAUAGAA